AAAUAUUCUCUCCUCUUCCUGCUUCGCAAGGAAUUCAGUACUUUGCAAGGACGUUGUCAGCAGUGUAAAGUUGAGCAGAGAUGGGGAAAAUGCAAGCCUUGGGUGUAGUUGCGGUAAUGUUAGCAGUGUACUCCGUUCACGCAAAAGUUUACUUCCGGGAGGAGUUUCUCGACGGUGAUGAAUGGAGAAGUCGCUGGUUGAAUUCCAAACACAAAUCUGACUAUGGAGAGUGGAAACUAACAGCUGGCAACUUCUAUGGAGAUGCUGAGAAAGACAAAGGUCUGCAAACCAGCCAGGAUGCUCGCUUCUAUGCGACCUCUGCCCGUUUUGAGCCUUUUAGCAACGAGGGCAAGCCUUUGGUCAUUCAGUUCACAGUGAAGCACGAGCAAAAGAUUGACUGUGGUGGCGGCUAUGUGAAGGUCUUCCCUGCAGACUUGGAUCAGACCGGCAUGCAUGGAGAAUCCUCGUACUACGUCAUGUUUGGCCCUGAUGUCUGUGGCUACAGCACGAAGAAAGUCCACGUCAUCUUCAAUUACAAGGGCAAGAAUCACCUCAUCAAGAAAGAGAUUAAGUGCAAGGAUGAUGAGCUGACCCACAUGUACACGCUGAUCCUGAAUCCAGAUCAGACCUAUGAGGUGAAGAUUGACAACGAGAAGGUAGAAUCUGGCAGUCUGGAGGAUGACUGGGACUUCCUGCCACCCAAGACCAUUAAGGACCCCGAAGCCAGUAAGCCAGAGGACUGGGAUGAUCGUGCCAAGAUUGACGAUGCUGAUGACACCAAGCCUGAGAACUGGGAUACGCCUGAAAACAUUCCAGAUCCUGAUGCUAAAAAGCCUGAAGACUGGGAUGAGGAUAUGGAUGGAGAGUGGGAGCCACCCAUGAUCCCUAACCCAGAGUACAAGGGAGAAUGGAAACCCAAACAGAUUGAUAACGCCAACUACAAAGGAGCCUGGGUGCAUCCUGAGAUUGAUAAUCCUGAAUACAGUCCUGAUUCAAACAUCUACAAGUUUGACAACAUUGCUGUUUUAGGUCUUGAUCUUUGGCAGGUGAAAUCUGGUACCAUCUUUGACAACUUCCUUAUCACAGACGAUGUGAAGGAAGCGGAAGACAUUACAAUGGAGACAUGGGGUGUGACAAAGGAACCCGAGAGGAAAAUGAAACAAGAGCAAGAUGACUUGAAACGAAAGGAGGACGAGGAGAAGAACAAACAGCAAGACACCGAAGUUGAUAAUGAUGAAGACGAUGGCGAUGGCGACGACGACGAUGAUGAUGAAGACGUUGAUGAGGAAGAAACAAAGGAUGAAAUGGAGGAGGCACUUUCAGAAAUGGAAGACGAGGAAGCAAAGCUUAAAGAUGAGCUUUGAGGAGGUGUGGCCAGAAAUGUUGUCUGUCCCUCCUUUUUUAGAAACUGUCCUGUAUUUCCCAGGGGUAUUGUGGCUGCUGUGCAUCCUUUCCCUGAGAGAUUUCUGAUUUGGACACAAACCAAUUUGGGGGGCGGGGGGAUUUUAAGUGGAUUUUAAUACAAUUAGUUUGUCUUUAUUUUUGGUCAUGAAAUUACCUUAUUGCCCCUGAACUGCUAGGUUGAUUCUAAGGUAUUCUGCCUCUAAAGUCCAUUCAUCAUUUUGUGAUAACAGAGAAUAGGGAGAAAUUGACAUCCAGUGUUUUCUUGAAUUUCUCGAUCUACACGUCUACUUUAGAUGCAGAUUUCGCUGCGCAGGUUGCACAGUCAACCAGAAGCUGUGAUUGAAAAAUUUGACAUUUGCAGAUAAUAAUAAUUAGCCAGAUUAGAUUAGAUUAGAUUCAUUGUUCCCAGGGGACAAUACAUCUUGGUGAAACAAGAAAUGCACAUAACUGAACAUCUAAAUUCAUAAUCUGUAAGAUUUACACAAAAUAUCACCAAAUACAGACAGAAAUCCAGAUUGUAGUGUAACUUAUUUUGGUUGUCUGUAGCACUGACUAUUUCUUUUCCACACUCUCAAGGCAUAAUUGAAUGAAGUGUUUUAGAUAUAAAUUAAUCUUUAUCUAAGUGCACAGUGAAAUUGUUUUUCUACAUUCAAAUGACAUGAAUGUCUUCAUGGUAAUGUGAUGGAUCCUCCAUUAUCUCCAGAAAGUCUGGAGAAACAGAUGGUGAGCCCCUGGUGUGACUCGUGACAUCACGAAGGGUCACACACUUAUUUUUAUUGGACAGAAUGUUAUUGAUACCAAAGUUUUUAUUAAAAGAUUAUAACCUUA